AUGGACCUGCGGCCAAACCACACGCUGUAUGUCAAUAAUUUAAAUGAUAAAUUAGGCAAAACAGACCUCAAGCGGGCCCUCUACUACCUCUUUAGUCAACAUGGUCGCAUAAUCGACAUAAUUGCCAUGAAGACGCCCAAGAUGCGGGGACAGGCGUUCAUCAUCUACCAGAACAUCAAUUCGGCCACAAGUGCCCUUCGUGUGCUUCAGGGAUUCCAGUUCUUUCAAAAGGUUAGUCUUCGUGCUUUCUUUCAUUAAGAGAAGACUACCUCCGCACUUGUUGAACCCGUCGAGAGAGCGUAUGAGGUGUCCAGGUCGGGGAUGGUCGCUUUGAUUGGAUUGACUGUUGUGUGGUGAAGACCAAUUGCGCACCGGGUGGCCAGUCCACUAGGGACCACCCAGCUGUCAGCUAUAGUCCACGGAUCAGCGUCAAAUCGCAGUAACCACGGAGCUCCACAAAAUCAAAACCAACACUGAGUUAUACGACGAUUCGACCGUCAUUGCCGACGAUGUCCACCGUAUGCUCUACGGCAGGGUGGCAGCAGAGACGGUGACUUGCGCGUGAGUUAGUUUAAAGCGAUAGUAGACUUGCGACGCAUCUACCGCACUCUCCACCUGGACCCGCUCUGACCACCGGGUAGAUGUAGAUGUGGGCAAUCCGAGAGUCAUCCAGCGCCGAAGAAUUUGCCCAUGAAGUUCAGUUGGGGAGGGGGCAGGACCAAACUUUUUAUGGGCAGAGUUUAAUGUCAAGUCGGUAACUGCGUCCAAACCCUUCUGCAUUCUUUUUGACCCAGUCUUAAUAUUGUGAGUGUUCUGAAAGUGUGAGAGCGGUGCUAUGCACGUCGUUCCUCCAUUGUAAUCCAGUUGCACUCCCAUCAGGCGCCCAGUGUAGAAGGCGACGAUUGUGAGUCCUCACAGAAGCGAGACAUAAAUGGUCUUGAUUACAUAAAGCUUUCGCUGAACUAUCUGAUGAAAGGUGUCGGAAUUUACGAGUGAUCACUCGCUAACCGAUGCCGCGGAUCGUCACGCGUGGAGAGGUACAGUUCGGGACAUCAUCGAGGCCGGCUAGAUCAGACAUGAUCGCAGCCGUACAAGUACAAGUAAGUUCUCGCAAAACGGCAGCAAUGCAUGGAGCCGAUAUCUGUAUUGGUCAAUAACAACGUUAAGGGAAUGGGUAACGUGGAAGAAAUAUUGAUGGUAGUAUUGCGUUGUUUAGAAAUACCAGAAAAGCGGAGAAUUGCCAAAAUGUCUUAAAUGGUUGUAGUUGAGUAAAUUUCAGUUUCAGAUGUACGGAAUGUCUGUCAACGCAAAAAACAGCAAAUAUGACAAUACAAAUGGAAUAACGUUUAGAAAUAGUAUUUACAUUGAAAUAUCUUUUAAGAAUUAGUGUAAUGCUGGGUAUGGCGGUUUACCAACCAUCUACAUUUUGCGUAUAGAUUUCAAAACGCUUUCCCGAGAAUUCCUUCUAUUUUCCUGCUUUUGCAUUAACUGAGAUGCGAUUCACUAAGGUAAGCAGGACUUUGCUUGAUUUCGCCGAUAGGGACGUCAUAUGGAUAAAAGUUUUCAUAAUAUCAGAUGUUACCAGGCCGAUCGCUGACAUAAAUGCAGAAACUAGACCGCACGAAAAGUAAUGUUGUGUAUUGAAGAAGGAGACACGAUCGCCGCGACAAGAGCUUUAUUAGCCUGACGUUUCGGAUUCCUACUCGAAUCCAUCAUCAGAGACAAAAAAGCAGAAAUGGGUGUUGCUGCACAAGGGGCUGCGGUAUUUAUAGGAUGCCGUAACCAUGCUACCGCAUACCUAUGAACAUUCACGCCUCCCCCCUUCAUCCGGAAUCGUCGCACUUGGUUUGAUCGUCGCUUGAUGGCCGACAUUCGAGUCGACAAUUGCUGCAAUUUCAUCACGUGCGUUGGAUGUUGGCGUGAUGAUUGCUCGACCAUCUGACGCACCGACCCCGGUGUUGGGAAAAGUGUUCACCUCUGCGCUCCCCGCAUGGCUUGUUACUCCGCCUAGGCGAAGUUUUAGCACGCAGUAUGGAGUGGGAAGAUCGUUGCACUUGUUGGUGGACUGGGGGCCAGUAAACCAUGAUUCCAGUAGCUCCCGGCUCAAGCGGUUGUCACAUCUUGCGAGAAUUUCGGCCUCAUCGAAUUUGAAUGUGUGGCCGGAUCUCGUCGAAUGAGCCGCCACUUGGGAGCUGGCGUCAUUUCUGCGCACCGCUGCCGCGUGUUCGGCCAUUCUCGUUCGGAGCUGUCUUCCGGUUUUUCCGACGUAGUGGCUUUGUCCGCAACUGCACCAGAUCCGAUAAACGACUCCAGACGUUUCUAUCCGUGGCAGUGGGUCUUUCGGUUUCAUGAACAGACGCCUGAUGGUUGCUUCCGGUCUGUGUGCCACUCCAACCCCAAGUGGUGCGAGAAGGCGGCCGACAGCUUCCGAGACGUUCUUCACAUACGGAAGUGCCCGCCAAGAUUUGGUGUCCGUGCGGUUAAGCCUUUCGUCCCUUUUGCGUAUGCACCGGUCGACGAAGUUGCGCGGGUAGCCAUUGGCUUUGAAGACCCGUCGGAGGUAUUGUAGUUCGGCAAUUUUGUCUUCCGGCUCACUGCAGUGCGUUUCGACACGCCGAUAGAGCGGCGAUCGUGUCUCCUUCAAGACUAAUUCCUGGGUCUCGUCUCUUCGCUUCUAUGGGCAAUGUUGCGUAUGUUCAAAAACUGAAAAUGUAUAUUGGGUGAUAGUCUUUUCGAUGUCAUUGCGCAGUAUUUUCCAAAUGACAAAACCAUUUCGGCCCAUCUAGACGAAGGGCUGUCUGUGUGAGUUAUUGCAGCACUGUAGGGCACGAAACCGCACAGAUACGCAAAUCAGACUUUUGUAAAUUAGUAAAACGUGUGGGCUGCAGACCCUGCAUGGGAGCUCAUGAAAGGAAUCUAGUCUGAGGCCUAAGAGGAAACACUUAACCACGGUCAAAAUGUAAGAAAUGAUUAUUGCAGAGCACGCUGUGAAUCCGAUCUGCAAUCGCUAUGGACUGGUGAAUGCCAUUUACUACGAAGCCUCUCUUUCUAGAGGGCUCUUAUAUCCUCUCUUGCUAAUUUGACCACCGACUAAUUCGCAGGCCGGAUGUGGACCAACUUGCCGGCAGACCCUUAAAUACAGGGCCGCUACAAUCCCUUGUAGCAUUUAACUCAUCGUCUGACUAAAUUGCUGACACACAGUAAGAGGAAAACGUGCAGUCAUUUUGGGGCCGUACAGUAAGUGGGCCAACUCAUGAAUUCUAAUCAGAAACUUCGAAAUGCGUUUUCGUUUCGAAAAGAUGAAUUAAGUAGGGUUGUUAGAUUAACCAUCAUGCAGCAUAAUUCUAUAAUAAAGUCGUGCUGAACCUACCCAGCUUCCUCUUUUCACACCCACGUUUCAUUGAAGAGGUAUUGUCAGAACGACCGUCAGCAGGGACUAAAGGCCGAAUAGAUUGUCUACGCGUGCCCCGCACAUGGUGGUUCUGAUCCUUACACGAAACAGUCUCCAAGGCGAAUCGUGGUUAUUUCAUCGAAGCGAUUUACCGUAAAGACCGCAGUAAGGUGUAUUUGUGGCCUGCUUUGAAGUUCAGAUCGGGGCUGAAUUAUUAGUUAACCUACCAGAUCUCGACUUUCGACCUGGGCUGAUAGUCAAGCACGCCAGGGUUGCUUGCCCGACCUUGCAUGCCUUCACUCGCGUCUACGUGACGGCGCUGCCCACAAAUUUUGUUUUAACUUUCUAGACGACAUCAGGCCUACAUACAGUGAGUGGCCGAUCUCGUGAAAUGUUGGCCGAAAUUAUGAAAUGCGUUUUCGACUAGGAGGGAUUACUUAGGUGGGGUUGUUAUUACUGAUUAUCUUGCGGCAUAAUCCUCGAAUUUUUCGGACUCGCCAGGAUGUUGGCCUCUGAAUUCGACUCUUUUCGACCUGUAGAAAACGCACUUGGUAGGAAAUGACUGCUUAAGUAGCACGGGUGUCGCACUGAUUUUCGACGGUUUUAUAACUUCGAGUAUUUUGUGCAUAAAAAUAUGCUUUCUCUUAUUCAUUUGGUAGAACAUCACGCCAUUUUCACGUCUUAUAAUCGAAAAAGAGCGCCUUUAGGUUUCAAAUGUCUACUUAUGAGAUUUUUGAAGACUGUGCAGUGUCCAUUCAUGCGGCAUCGUACCUGUCCUCAUGAAGUGUACAACAUAGUCCACAUCCAUUGCAACAUUUUGUGAACUCUAUUUGGUAUCUUCUUAAAGGCAUAGAGGAAUGUAUGAUUUUUCUUACGCGGAAAGUAUACACUUUGUGGACUGAAACCGCUAAACGCUAGCACAACGGCUGAUCGGGUUCAAAAUUAUUCGGGAAUUAGGAACAAUUUUCAAAACCUAAGUAUACUUUCUUUGGAUAUAAAAUGUAAAGACAAUGUGAUUAUUUACCAAUCAAAUAUAUGAAUCAUCUUUUGUGCAUGUUUCCUUUAAAAUAUAUUAGAAUUUAUAAAACCACCGAUAAUCAAUGUGAAACAUGCAUGCUACUUAAGUAGUCAUUUUCUAACGAGUGCAUUUUUCUACAGGUCGAAAAGAAUCGCAUUCAAAAGCCGACAUCCUGGCGAGUCCGAAAUAUUAUAGGAUUAUGCCGCAUAGUAAUCAAUAAUACAACCUCAUCUAAGUAAUCCUUCCUAAUCAAAAACGCAUUUCAGAAUUCCGGCCAAUAUUUCAUGAUUAGUCACUCACUAUUUUUAAAUGUUCUGGCUAAGUGAACUGGAAAUAGCGAUAUGAAAUACCACCGAGGAUGAUAAGGUUGUUAAGCGUCAAAAUGAUCCUCUAAUCUAGUGCUUGAAGAGUUCCUAUCGCAUAACCGACUAUUUCUUGUUAAAGUGUGUACAUUUAUGAUGAAUGCGACUUUUACGAAAAGUGGCUUACAUACGCUGUCUAUUUCCGAAAAACUUUCUGCGGGCAUUCGUAAGUAUUGUUUUUCGGAUGGAACUCUUUAUUCCCCGGAAGGUUCUUUCGAGUGGCUUACUCCUGCCGUGAAAUAUCACUGAAUUCUGGCGCUACUGUUCUACUUGCACUCGAGUCCUUCCUUUUAACAACUUUUUUGAUUUGCCUCCCCUGUCCUCAUACCAGCCAAUGAGAAUCCAGUACGCGAAGACGAACUCCACGCAAAUCAAAAUCCUCAUGGGUGUUACCGCGGAGACUCAGAAGAAGCGUGAGGAAGAGAAGGAGAAGAGACGUCGCAGGAAGCUUGCUCAACGCGCCCAGGCAGCUGCGGCGGCCACCCCACAGAUUGAUGUGAGUAGGCCUUAUGGAUCCGUCUAGGGCAAUUUUCGCAACUUCAAAAAUGUAUUUUAGCAUUAACUCUUACUCAAUUAACGUAUAGUAGCAAUUGAUGUUUCUCUUUUCAUCCUUUCAGAUGGAAGCUGCUGAAGCCGAGCCUCCCAAUCGGGUCCUCUUUGUCAGCAAUCUACCGGAGGAAACAACAGAUGCCAUGCUCACCAUGCUUUUCAGUCAGUUCUCUGGCUUCCAGGAAGCCAGGAGGGCUGUUGGCGGUAUUGGUUUUGUUGAAUACGAGACGGAGAACCAGGCUACUGCGGCCAAGGCAGCCUACAACGGAUUUAAGCUCACCCCAACCCACGCGAUGACCAUUACUUAUGCCAAGAAGUAA